GGCAGCAAAGAAAACGGGAUGUUUUCGCCAUGAUCCGGCAGCUGGGGAAACCCACGAUGUUUUUGACGAUGAGUGCAAAUGAAAUUAGAUGGCCUCACCUACUAAGCAUUCUGCGGAAGCUUUCUGGUGGCUCUAACAUUGCGGAAAUGGACGAUAUUGUGCAACAGUUGUCUGCACUCCAGCGUGCUACACUUGUCAGCGAAGAUCCUGUCACGUGUUGUGCAUAUUUUCACAAGUUGGUAAACAUCUUUCUGCGCCUUCUGUCAUCGACCAGGUUGAGCCCGUUCGGAAAAUACCACGUUGUAGAUUAUUUUAAGAGGAUCGAGUUCCAGCAUCGUGGCAGCCCGCAUGCACAUAUUCUGCUCUGGCUGGCGAACGAUCCCCGUGAGGAUGUUUCCGAAAGAAUGCCCGCUACUGUUGAGUUGAUCGAUUUUCUGUGCUCCAUCAGAUCGGAAGAUCUGCCUGAGACCUAUGGCAAUCAGGGUUACAUCAAUCGACGGAUUGUAUCUGACGAAUGCCAGUAACUCAUUCCGGUUCCACCACGGAAAGGGUUCUAUGACCCCUAGAAUGAAC